UUUUUUUUUUGCGUAACCCAUCUGCACAACUGAAUGUGUGAUAUGUUCGCUUCCCGCUAAACGCGACACAUUUUUCAGGUUUUAUCUUUGAAAUUAUUUCAAUUCUAUCCAAUGCUGGCGUAGCUCCGCGAAGUCGGUUCCUGCAUCGAAAGCAAUGAGUGGACAGUAGUCCUCAUUCAAAAUAGUCUUCAUAGAGUUUGGCUAUAGGCCAGCAUCAAGGAUGACCCACGUAGAGGAGUCCCAGACGGAAGGAGAAGGCAGCCCCCAGAUCAUCUCCCUCAGGUCAGAAUCGUCGGCGAACCGCGUCGACGACAGCGACGCGGGGCCGUCCGUGAGGAGGAAGAGGAGGAGAAAACGAGAGCAGCGUCCAGAGUCCGUCAUCAUCUAUCGCUCGGAUGUGGAGCGAGGGCCCGGUGAGGACCAGGGAGGCGAAGAAGAGGGAGCUGAGAGGAGCGCUGAGGAGGGUGCCAAAUUCCUUUGUACGCCCACAAAUGAAGACGGAGGCUGGAGCCUUCCUCCAGACAGCCGCUACGUAACCUUGACGGGCACCAUCACCCGGGGCAAGAAGAAAGGCCAGGUGGUGGACAUCCACGUGACCAUGACAGAGAAAGAGCUCCGCGAGCUGGCCAAGUCCAGGGAGCGUCUCGACGCCGAGUGCGAGGCCGGGGAGGACUCUAAGAGGUCCUGCGGCCUGGGCGUGUGUCGGGGGCCUCACGUCGUCCUGUGGAGCAUCUCCUGCGCCCCUGUGGUCUUCCUGCUCUCCUUCAUCACAUCCUUCUACUACGGCACUCUGACCUGGUACAACGUCUUCCUGGUGUACAACGAGGAGCGGACGUUCUGGCACAAAAUCACCAUCUGCCCUUUCCUCAUCAUCUUCUACCCCGUGCUCAUCAUGCCCUUGGCGCUGUCCCUGGCGCUGUACUCCGCCGUGGUGCAGGUGUCUUGGGCCUUCAGCCGGUGGUGGCGAGCCGUGAGGGACCUGGAGAAGGGAUUCUGCGGCUGGGCCUGCGGGAAGAUGGGCCUGGAAGACUGCUCCCCUUACAGCAUCAUCGAGCUGCUCGACUCCGACACCGUCUCCGGCACGCUGCAGAGCAAAGCUCCCCGGGAAAUUGCCCACACGUCGUCGGUGUGAAACUGGGCGGAAACCGGUUCACGUGCUGGCUUGCUGGUAAACGUAAACAAGUGCAAUGGCGAAGACAGAGAAAUUUGCGAAAUUUUGAAACCUUUGAAAACUUCAUGAACACCAAAAAUGGCAACGGGUACAAUCCUGUGCAAAAGUCUCGGGGUGCCAUUAGAUAUGUCGCAUGGAGGUGGAGUACACCCUGGACUGGUUGUCAGUCAAUCGCACACACCAAAUAGACAAACUGAUUUAUGGACAAUUUAGUUUAGAACACGGGUGUCAAACUCGAGGCACGGGGGCCAGAUCCGACCCGCCACAAGAUUUUACGUGGCCCGCAAAGCCACAUCUAGCGUGUGAAUUUCCAUGAUUCUUGUAAAAAUCUGUACCAAAAUUUCAAAUUGUCAUAUAUCAUAAAUGAUAAAGUUGAGAUAUCACGAGCAUUUUUGUGUUACCAAAUGUGAAUAGUUGAAAAACACAUUGCCUUUGAUUUCUGAUUCCAAAACUAGUUCACAAAUUGGUGAUGUGAAUAUGAUGAGAUGAUUAAAUAUUUUUGUUCCACAGUCAUAACGGCCCUCUGAGGGAAACCGGAACGACAAUGUGGCCCGUGAGAAAAACGAGUUUGACACCCCUGGUUUAGAAUCUUCAAUGAAGCGGACGUGCGCACCACCCGGACACAUUUCUGCAUACAAAGUACCAUUAGUACCGUCACAUUUAUUACCCCUAUGUUAUUAAUUAGAUUAUUAAAUAAAUAUAUUCUGACACCUCCCGAUAAACUUAAAUAACAUCAAAUUGAAGUAUAUGUGCAAAAAUAUAUUUUAUGCAAACCAUACAGUGCUGUAUAUUUAGUUAUUUAUGUUCAUAUGUUGUUUUAUAUACAUCUUAAAUUAUUUUAUAUCUAUAUUAAUUUUUUUAUAAUACAUUAUCCAUCAUCCAUUUCCUGAACUGCUUGUAUACCACCCCUUGGCAAAAUUUGGUGCCUAACUAUCGACUGUUCCACGAUAUCAAAAAUAAAUCAAGUUAUUAGUUGACUUUUGAACUGCAUUGUAUGUUUCGACUAUACACAAACACGUCUUUCAUUUACAAUUUUUGAAUGAAAAAUACAAGUUUACUCACCAUAUCGUCUUUGUUACGUUUUCUGAGGUUUUUUUUGUUUAAUUUAUUAAGUGUAGAUACAAAUGUCGAAGAUGUUUUAUACUGAGAUUUUUUUUUCCCCAGAAUUUUCCAUUUGUUGUGAUUUGAACAUUAUGCACACUUGUCAUAAAUAUGAUCUCAAAACGGUGACCAGGAAAUGUCACGUUUUGAGACGGUCAGGUAAUUGGAGCUUCUUGAUUUCUGCAUGGAAAAUUAUUUCACAAAUAAAAAUA